AGGCAAAUUAUCAUUAACAGCAUUUGGUUCAAGAAAUUUGUGAAUAUUUUUGAAAUUCGAAAUGUCGAAAGGCUUCAGAAACAUUAUUUUACUCAUUUGUGCAGUAUCCUUGAGGGAGGUUUUGGGGCAUGGGAUGAUGCUUGAACCCCCAAACAGGAGUUCUUUAUGGAAAUAUUACACAAUUGACAACGACAAAGUUGUACCUAACUACAACGAUAACCAGAACUUCUGUGGAGGAUAUUCGACACAAUGGGACACUUUCGACGGAAAAUGUGGCGUGUGUGGUGACCCUUACGAUGCAGCCCACCCCCAGGACAAUGAGAAUACCGGAUUGUAUGGGAAGUUUGGUCCUGUAAGAACUUACAAGAUGGGAGAAGUUGUUAAUGUAACUAUUCUUCUCACAUCUAACCACAAAGGUCAUUUCACAUACAGCAUUUGUGUACUGGACGAUCCCACCAAACCAGAAAGCGGGGAAGAUUGUUUCCAGGCAUUGAAAUUGGAAAAUGGAAGUCCUAGAUACGGCGUUUCCUCAACCGACCAAUACGUUUACAACAUGGUGAAACUACCUGAAGAUUUAACCUGUGAAAGAUGUGUCUUGAGAUGGCAUUAUACAGCUGGAAACAACUGGGGCUGGUGCACCUCUACUGUCGGUGCCCUUGGAUGUGGACCACAAGAAACCUUCAGAUCUUGCUCAGAUAUAAAAAUCGAGAAAUAAGAUAUAAAUGCUACAGGUUAAGUUGGAUGGACAAUGCCAAACGAAAUUAAAAAAGGUUCUUAGACAAUAUACAGUAUUAUAUAAUUGAAUUAGAAUAUUAAUAAAUUAUAUUUUUCGA